AUGGCGAAAGGGGAUAUGAAUCCUACCGUGGAGACAAAGGAGAAUACCUCCGAGGAGUCUUCUCCCAUGCACGUCCACUCGCAGCAGAAGGCGACAAAACAAAUGAUCUUGUUUGCGUCGUUUAUUGCUCUUGCAGGUUGGAUUUUUAACUUCGACCUGGGAUUCGGUGGCACUGUCCUUCAAAUGCAGCCGUAUCGGAAAUCUUUUGGGAAAUGCGCUCCAAAAACAGACCCUCAGACAGGAAUCACUGCCGUAGUAUGCUCACAAACCGCCCUACAACAAGGUCUAGUCUCCUUGACAUUGCUUUUCAUUGCCCUUGGUGGCGCGAUUUCUGGUCCUGUUGGGAAUCGCCUCGGGCGCCGCGGAACGAUUCAAGUAGGAGCAGCUUUCGCAGCCAUCGGCGCGGGAGGAAUGCUGGGUACUGCUGGAAACUUCACUGCCUACCUUGUCUGUAAGUGUAUCGGCGGCGUGGGGCUUGGGCAUAUUAUUGCUGCCGCUCCGGUAUACGGCGCGGAGUGCGUUGUCGCAAGCAAGAGAGGGAUGCUGCUCGCUCUCUACAAUAUUGGACUCGGUACAGGAAAUGCGGUCGCAGCUGCAGUUUGCUUAGGCUCUUCGAGCUAUACCAGUAAUCUCGCAUGGCAGAUUCCCAUUAUCUGUCAAAUUCCGCUUUCAUGCAUCCUCGGAUUCGGUGUGCUCCUAUUCCCAGAGUCCCCUCGCUGGCUCUUGACUAAGGGCCGAGAUGAUGCCGCAAAAAGAUCAUUUGCAUGGUAUUAUGCCAAAACACCCGAGCAUCCGGACGUCCUUCUUCAAGUACAAGAUGUGCAACGCCAUAUCGAAAUGGAGAAAUUAGACCAUGCGAACUCGAGAUGGACAGAGAUUUACCAGGGUGGUAACUUUCGACGUACCCUUAUUAGUGGACUUAUCAUGGUGGGACUCGCUAUCACUGGCUCUAAGUUUGUCGGGCCUUACGGAGCAAUCUUUCUCGCCAAAGUUGGUAUUAAAAGCCCUUUCCUCAACAACUUCAUCCUAGCUAGCUGUACGAUGGCAGGAUCUCUACCUGGCCCGUUUGUCAUUGAAUACGGUGGACGACGCUUUUCAAUGCUCUGGGGUUAUUUUUGCAUGACCAUAUGCAUGCUCACCAUCGCGAUUGUGGGAUCCGUCCUAGGUCAAGACAGCCGUACAGCAAAGGUCGUGCUGCUCGUGUUCCUCUUUCUCUGGGCAUACUUGUUUGGGAUGUUCAUUGGCACCAGCGUCUGGAUUGCCGCACCUGAGCAACACAGCCUCAGACUGCGAACAUAUGGUCAAGCGUCGACAACGCUGGUGUAUCAGAUAUUUGGCUUCGCUGGCAGUUUCUACGGCCCUUACAUGCUCAGCGUAGACUACGGUAAUAUGGGUCUCAGUGUUGGAUAUUUCUAUUCGGGUACAUUCCCUUUCCUCUCGAAUAAGGUCUAUGCUCACAACGUCCAGGUGUAA